AUAAAUCAAUCAUGUUACCAAUGAGAGGUCCACCAUCGAACCCGGAAAAAGUGAGUUAAAGAAUUAAAUUAAUCAUCACAUUUUCUGAAGCAUGAAUUUCAGUGGAAAUCUGACUUUGCUUAGGGAAUCAAAGAGAUUCUUCAAAGGCAUUGGUUGAGUUUGUUAAACUAGUAUCAUCUCCUUCUUUUGCAAACUUCAAUGGUGCUUGGAAAGAAAAAGCUAAAAGAAAAAUGAGAAACGAAAGGAAUACUAAUUAUUGAUCCUCCUGCUGAGGAAGCUAUUUGGGAGAAUAAAAGGAAAAAGAAAAGCAAUUAUUGAUACAACAUCUUAAGUAGAGAUUUAGAUAUACCUAAAUGGAUCUAACAAGGAAAAAAAGAGGAGUGUGAGAGGAAGAUAUUUCUUGGAUAUUACAAUUUGGAAAUGUUACAUAAUUGACCAUAUCCUUCACCCACAUAAUCCAGGAAAGAUACCUCAUGACUGAUAAAGUUCAGUUCAAUUACAUUCUCUUCACUCCUUUAGUUUCUCAUUUCACUCACUCCAUUACAUUUUCCCUGUCCAUUCCUAGAAUUUAGAUCAAUAUUUAGAGCCAGACACUGAAAACGCCAAAAUAACAUCAAACUUUUAAAAAGUAGCGUUUGUUGGACAAAAUAUUAUCAAGAACCAAAAUGAGAAUAUAUACUUCUUCUCUCAAGUGGCUAUAUAGCCAAGAUUCCCAUUCCCAUGUCAAAGUCAGAAAGAUAAUGAAGAAUACUUUUGGUUGAUUUUAUAAGUAUGGGCUACUCUAAUGGUUCUUACUUUGGGUACUCAACAAGUUAAUGAAAUAAUUAAAAGUAACAAAUCUUACAUAGUGGUUAGUAUAACAAGGUUUCUUUACUUUCUUGGUGGAAGUGAUUGAGUAGAUCUGCUUAAGGAUGAAGAUACUGGCAAGGUCAACUUUGUGAACUAGUUUACUUAAUAUAAAAAUCACAGAAUCUCAGGCAAUAUAUAUUACUUUAUAGUGUUUUGUGUUAAUUCGAAGUGGCUUAAACCAUAAUUAAAGCACUGCUUACUUUGAUGAGUUCCCUACAAACAUGACCAUAUUAGUAAAUAAACCACUAUCAACAACAAAGCAAGUUAAAGAAGGGAUUGAGAAAAAAGAAGAACACAGGAAAAGAGAAACAAAACCAAAUAAGGAGGAGGAAAAAAGGAAGAAAAGAAAACUAAAGGUAAAUACCUAUCACAAAGCAUUCUUCCUCCCUGGCUUAUUAUUCUCUUUGCUUUCCACUUAACUACUUUAUCUGUGCCACCCUCUUUCACCUUCACCUCAAAGCAACACUCAUAUUUUCUCUCUGUUUCAUUCUUCCAUUGCUCUUCACUUCCUUCUCAUUUCUCUAAUUUGGUUUGAUUAGUCUGUCAAGAUUACUGUCCUUGAAAGUGUGAUGGUAAGUUCCUUUUUCUCGUCUAUUUUUUCUUGAGUUUAAUAAAUGGUACCUGUAAAUAGUUCAAUAACUUGGGCACCACAUAUGAGCACAAGGGAUUGUUCUCAAGGAUUCUGCAGUUUAUACUGCCCACAAUGGUGUUAUAUAAUUUUCCCACCUCCACCUCCAUUCGACUUCCCAGCUGAUGAUGAUGAUUCUGGUCCAAAUUUAUCUCCUCUAGUUAUCGGCAUCAUGGGAAUUCUUGUCAGUGCUUUCCUUCUAGUUAGCUACUAUGUCAUAAUGUCGAAGUGUUGCGGCCACAGGAUUGCUUUGAGAAGAAGGGAUAAUCAUCUUAAUGAUUCGGAACUAGAAGAUAAUGACCCUUCAAAUCAUGAGGCAUGGCAUGUGAACAAUACAGGUUUAGACGAGUCUCUUAUCAGGUCGAUUAGGGUGUUUAAGUACAAGAAAGGAAGUGGAUUAGCCGAGGGAACGGAUUGUUCUGUUUGUUUGAGUGAAUUUCAAGAAGAUGAAAGCCUGAGACUUUUACCAAAAUGCAGCCAUGCUUUUCAUGUUAUGUGCAUCGAUACGUGGCUUAAAUCUCACUCCAAUUGCCCUUUAUGUCGCGCUAAUAUAGUGUUUGUAAAUGCCUCACCACCUCCAUUACCUCAUCAAGUUAUUGAAGUUAUCGAAGCUCCUCUGAUGAACGAAAGAACCUCCGAAAACCAACCUGAAAACGAUAUAGAAAUGGGGGUCAGAGAGGAAGAUGAAGAAGAAGUUGCAGAAAGUAGAGUACCCCCCAAGAGGCUAAUAACAGAAAAUAUGAAUCUACAAAUUAGAAGAUCAGUAUCGAUGGACCAAGUAUCACGAGGCGUUUUAUCUAUAGCUGAUAUACUAAAGAUUGAUCACGACGAAGAUAUUGGAACAUCAAAACAAGAAGUAGGGGAAGCAGAAGGAAGCACAUUACCACAUUGUGUCUCAUGUCCUAUGGGGAUGAAGAGAUCUUUUUCCAGUGGGAGAUUCAUGUUUCCUAAACGUGGAAGAGGACAAAACAUGAUCAUCCCAUUGAGAGAUUCUUGAAAAAAUUAUGCCAAGAUUAGGAGGAUUUUGUGCAUUUAUGCACUUAGGUAAAGAGUUCAUAUAAAGAAAGAGAGUUUGAUUAGGUUUUUGCUUUAAGUACUUGAGGUUUUGUCCGUGUUGUAAGCUCAAUCUUCUAAUUUUGUUCUUCCUUUUUCUUCUUGUCUUCACUACCUAUAUUUUUUCUUUGUUUGAUGGAGUAUCAUUUUGUGCUCACCAAGUUAAACCAAAAACAAGUUCAAAUAUUAUGUAUCACUUUACUA